ACCUGAUUAGGGAUAUGAUAUGUACACGCCUGUUUCCAGGAUUUUUAAAAAAUGUCUCAACAGGUGGAGCCAAGUGGGUCAUAGUUACCGAUUCAUUAAUGUGUAGUGCAUCACUUUAUAUGUUACAGCUGGAGAUUAUUUUAAGUGCGUAUAUUCUGCUUCCCAGCUUUAUUUUAAGUAUACGCAUUCGUUUAUGUAUAAUAACAUAUUACUAAAUAAAUAUAAUCAAUCAUCGUCAGAAUGUUAAAUAAUUAACACUUUGAAAAAUAAAAAUUGUAAAUCUGAAAAACUAUACCAUCUGUUUUUCUGUUUGAUGGUGAAAUUACACGAGAAACUGCUUCCAUCAUAUUUUACAAGUGAUUCUACAGUCUGAACUCUGGGUGCAACUCAAAAAGAAAUAUCACCCUGUAAUCAUUAUUACUGAAAACAAGAAAAUGAUCUAAUCCGAUACUUUUGUAAAGCAGGUUUUAAGAAAUUUCUGGAUUUAAAUUCGACUUUCAAUCCUUUUCGAGGACAGCAGACAUGCUAAAGAUUGAGAUCUUCCAAAAGGGGGAAACGUGUGUUAAUAAAAUAAAGUAAAACAAUAAAAAUUAAAAAUCAAAGCAUAUGCAUACUUUUCUAUGACAUAACCCUAAUUACAGAAUAACUGUGGCAUGUUGUUGUGCAUAAGGCCUGUAGAUGGCACUGUGUACCUUAUGUUUGCUGUCCUCUGCCUGUAAAGAAAAGCGUAUUAAUAAAUGUAUUGGUUUUAAUUAUACAUCAGUGACUGAUAAGUCUGAAUGAUAAAGGAGAAACGGAUUUUUAUAUAAGCACAGAAACCCGCGUUCAUAGAGCCCACUGCUUGGCUUAUCCCUGUUUACCAUUUGUGCGUGACUGCGAUUACAUUAAGCAAAGGAAAGACGACUCGUCCUCUAUUAGUGGCCCUGCACCGCAGUGUCUGCAUCCAGCUGUUCAGAGUCUACUGGACAGAACUCAACACUAAGACAGAGCAGCUUUUGUCUGUUUAAUCUUAAUAAGGAACCAGGCAAAUUGGAGUCACAAGCAUGCAGAGUGUGCAAGCUUAUGAGGGCCGCAGCCAUAAGUCAAGUCAAAUCAUGAUCUAGGCAGCUGGUCUGGGGAAGUAUUAAGAGUAUUCUAUCACAAUAUGGAGAACUGGCACUGUUUGCUGCUGCUGUGCACACUGAGUUUAGAGCUUUCCUCUGGAGGAGUUACAAAAAAUGAUGAUGACAUCGACCUUGUCAGCUUUCUGAGAAAUAUCUACCCCGAGCCGUUCAUCAUCAACCGAGACUUUGAGAUAAACUCCCUCGAGGAGCUGGGACGCCCGGGGGACCCUGCAAUCAUACAGCAAACCAAGGACAAACCUGUCACUCAGGAUACAAAUGGGGCUGCUGGACCAGUGGUGAUAACCAAAGAUGGCCAGAUCAAGGGGAUUACUGUGGAUAAGGCCCAUGUAUUCUAUGGUGUUCCGUACGCAAGUCCUCCUGUUGGGGCUUACCGCUGGAAGCCCCCCAGACCUGUGAGUCCUUGGCACGGGGUUUAUGAUGCCUCCUUCCCCAGGGCCGCAUGUAUGCAAUUCUGCAGUAGAGCUAUCACUGAGGAGUGCCCUAAGAGUGUCAGUGAGGACUGUCUCUACCUCAACAUCUUUGUACCGCUGGAUGUGGACUUGAGCUCUCCUAUGCAGAGCCACCUGCCUGUCAUGGUUUGGAUCCAUGGUGGAGAUUUCGUUGCUGGUUCUGCCUCCAAGCCUCUGUAUGAUGGACGUUUCAUUAGUAACUUCACCCACAGUGUUGUUGUAAGCCUGGAGUACCGACUGGGUGCAUUUGGGUUCCUUGUGUCGGGAAAAGAUCCUCACACAUCAGCUGCAGGGAAUUAUGGGAUCCUGGACCAACAGGCUGCUCUUCUUUGGGUCCAACAGAACAUUGCCGUGUUUGGAGCGGAUCCCGCCAAGGUCACAGUAUUUGGGGAGAGUGCAGGUGCUCAGUCGGUAAGCCUUCACCUGAUGAUCCAAAGCAGCAAGCCUCUGUUUAAACAGGCCAUCCUGCAGAGCCUGCCCUUCUCCAUCCCUCUGAAGACCAGACACGAUGCCCUGAAACUGGGAAAAGACUUUGCUAAACAGACGAACUGCUCUGUGAGCGACUUUGUCUGCCUGCUGUCUCUCACUCCGCAGGCCAUCCUGGCCGCCCAGAUGAAAACAAGUUCCAAGAUUUUGAACCCAUUCAGGUUUCUGGAGGUUUUUGAGACGUGGGGUCCGUAUAUCGAUGGGGAGUUAAUCAAAGAGCAGGCUGUCACUGCCUUUCAAAAGGGGCACUGGCAGAAAGAAAAGCCAAUACUGCUGGGUACAACGUCCGAGGAGGGGGUUCUGUUUGCGUAUGGGGUCUUCAACAAGCCAGUCUCCACAGUGGAGUGCACUGUGUACAUCACAGCCAUCUUUAAACAACACACCCUACGGAUCCUACACAAGUACCUGCCCCUGUACAGGGAUGCUGACCACAGAAGUAUGCUGGCUCAGAUUGUUACCGAUUUUGUCUUCUUAUGUCCAUCGAGGAGGUCAGCACGUGCCGGCACAGCAGUGGGGAGCAAGGUGUGGAUGUAUGUUUUUGACCAUGUGAUCUCGGACCGCAGUGUCUGGUCAGGUCUCACUUUCUGCUAUGAGCAUUCCUGCCAUGGUGCAGAGCUGCCCUUUCUUUUUCAUUCAGCCUCUGUGGCCAACUUCACCCUGUCACCGUCGGAGAAGCUGCUGUCCAAUCGGAUGCUGUGCUACUGGGGUGCCUUCGCUCACACUGGCGACCCUUCCUCCAGGAGCCAACAGACAACUUUCUGCCGGGAGCAGCGUCUGCCUAUUUGGCCGCGCUAUUCUGACACCAGUGGCUUUCUAGUCAUGAACCUCACUGUGCGUUCCCAUGCACAAGCAGGAACCAGAAACCAUAUAUGUGAUUUCUGGGACCAGCUGGGCAUCUACUAGAGAGGGAACAGGUUGGGCAUGCUGUUCUUUUGUUGAAACUAGAGUCAAAAGAAUGAUUCUUUUCCCUGCAUUGUUUUGUUUCUAAAAGUAGGAUAUGUACAUGUCUGCUCUAGCUUUGCCCCAGAGACUGUCAAGUUAGUUGAUGAAGUUUUGCUAGUUACUACAGUACUCCUGCCCCUUUGUCUUUAUUUGUUGCAAGUAAACCAUGUAUUUCUUUGUAUGCAAGAUUUCCUUUCUAAUUGAAUCCAAGUCUGCAUGACUUGGAUUGUUAUCUAGGAGCAAAGCAGCCAGACUGUAAUUUUUAGCUAUAUCAGACAUCCAGACUGGAUUAUUACAACAAUUCACAAAUUAAUUACCAUAAUGUUUGGUACAAAAAUUCAUUGCGUAGGGGGAAUCCUGCUAAUUCUGUUUUGUUCUUUAUUAGGGAUUUGCAUAUUUGGACUGGAGUGAAAUAUCUUGUCAACUAUGUGGUGUGGUUCAAAAUAUUUUUCUGCCCUGAAAACAACUCCAUAAGUUAUUUCUGCUCACAACUUAUUAGGACCUGCAGUCAUAUGUUAUUCUAAGACAAAUGCCUCCACUUUACAAAUUUUUAUGAGUCAUAAGACACUGGCAUCAAACACUUAGCCAGAAGAAAGCUGGUUCUAUCUGGCAAAAGGGGAAAAUGAAUGCAUUUGGUAAAAGUGGUAAACAUCAGCAGGACGAUUGGCUGAUGGAGGGCUAGUUUGGUUUUUGGGAUCACGUCUGCUAUGCAGGCUAAUGUCAAAGAAAUGCAGAAUAUCUCAAACAACAGGAAAUUAGAUUUAUGUUGACUCGUAGCAAAUUAAUGGUGAGCUGGUUAACCAUAUCUUGCUGCCUAUCUGUAACCAAAUCCUACCUGGAAAUACUAUUUACCUUACAUAACCUGCGACUUUGAGGCAAAGUGAUUGAAGAUUAAUUGAACUAAUAAUGCUGGUAGAGAAAACGACUGACCGACAUAUGACAGUAUGGUAAAUACUCUACUUUAAAGGUGGGUCUUUGGAACUAACUGCCAGUUACAAAGCAAUGGUUAAGAGGGAAUUGUUGAAUAUGAGCCCUAGACCGCAACAUGGUACUACUCAAAUUUGGGCUGCCAGCGAUUUUUUUGCUUUCUGCACCCCCCUGCAAACCAUACUAGUCUUGCAGUGGCACCAUUUGUCACAAGUCAUUGUUAUGCUCUUCUGGCUAUUGUUUCUAUCUUAGAUUAUUAAGUAAUUAAGAAUUAAAACCAGUGUCAGUCUCCACUUUAUAUUGUACCUUAUGAGCCAGGUAAUAACACUAAAGGCCAUCAGCAACACAUCUGCGUGUUGUGAAAAGUAAAUGGCUUGAUACUCUCAGCUAAGUCACUGACAUUUUAUGUGACAUUAUGUCAAAACAAUUCAGUUAUGAUUCUCAUCAUACAAGUCUUGUCAGUAAGUAAUAUGGGUGAUUUUCUGCAAUGAAUGCUAAUCUAAAUUUACAUAAAUAAGGGUACAGCUUGUCAUAUCAUCCAAGAACAAAGGAGGCAGUAAUUUGUGUGAAAUAGUUGUAGUUUACGAGUUUUACGUUCCAACAGAAGUGGUUUGAAAUCUUUCAAAUCCUUCACUUGAUCUGGGAGCUUAACUGGCAAAUGUCCAGUCAUAAGCCUGCUUCCCUAGCCUUCAGGCGUUCACCACUCCUGUCUCUUUCUAGACCAGCUGAAGUGGCCUCUCUCCCUACUGGCACAAAGGCCACAGUGAAUUGUCCUGUUUCCUUUGGCGCCAGUUUAAUAUAUGCCACAGACACACAUUCACGCACACACACACACACAAGACCAUUUUUAUUGGCUGUUUACACACGACUGGUAGAGCGCUGACACACUAGGGUGUGUUGAGGCCACCUCAUUAUCUCGGCAGACAUUUACUUUGCUGUCAUCCAGUAUCAAAGCUCGGCCCGCGCUGCGACUUAGCUGUCUGAGAUGGCCGCACAGCUAAUCAAUUGCUGUUCAUCCCAGCACUGCGCCAAAGGCUGUGCUCACAGGCUGUCCCCCUCCCCCUUAAAAACCCUGCUGCUCAUUAUUGUGACAGCUGAUAAGAGGGAGAUGGAGUGAGAGCGAGAGGGGAAAAACAGACACAAUCCUUUCUGUUGCCUGUAUAAUUUAGAAAAGGUUAUGGAAUCAAUGUCUGGCUGUCACUCUCCAGCUCCAGAUCAAGGUUGUUGGCUUUGCACAGAUGCAUUCCAAUAAGAUCUGAUUAUGGCCACUGCAUUUGCAAUUAAAAUCAGAUGAAAGGCCUUCGCUGCCCAGUAUGCUGCUCAGGACAGUUAGAAUACAGCAGCACGCUGUUCAGCGGCGUCCUUCUCAAAAAAAUUGGGCUCGUUCAACUUUUCAAUUCAAUUUUAUUUAUAUAGUGCCAAAUCACAACAAAAGUCUCCUCAAGGCGCUUCAAAAAAAAAAAAAAUGAUGAGAAAUCUCUCAGAGAAAAAGUGUGGCUGGAGUGAUAAGCUAAAAAGUAUUGGUCAAGCAGUAAACAGUGUUCAGAUCCAUAAUAUUCAGGAAAUCUUUCAAGGAUGUUUUCAACUUUUAACCUCCUAGGACCUGGCGUCCAAAUAUGUGGACAUCACAUUUUGGGUUGUCUAGACCAAAAUACUAAAUUUUGGUCUACUAUCCCUGUGGUGCUGUUGUUCCUGCAUCAUAAUGUUUGGUUUGCAAUUGAACAAGUUACACUGUUGUGAUGUGAUAGGAUUGCAAUGUGAAGAGAAAAACUGUUUAUAUAAAAGUCUGUACAGGAACAAGUGGUAAGCAUGUCAGCUGUUUACUUUAUUAUUUGAUAUCAUUUAAUAAAUAUAUUAUUAAGUUAGGUUUGAUGUUAGCCAAAUUCAGAUCACUCAUGUUGGUUUGCUCAUGAUCAUUUUUAAAAGCAUUAGCUAACUUCUUGGCUAAUGCUAACUGCUCAGACAGCAUCACUGGUCAGUUGAUGAUCCUGGACCAAAAUUAUUAUGAGGAUGUAGGAACAACACUAACACAGGGAUGUGAGAUUGUGCACUUGGACACCCUUCAGUCCUCGGAUUCACCUGGAAAUCCUGCUUAUUAGAGUAAUGAACGGAGCUGAUGACAAAGACCAUCCCUGGAAAAAUACAUCUCCCCACGGGCACAAGUCUGACUCAGCAGUGCAAACUAAAUUAUUUCUACAGGAACUGAAAAAGCUGUAUCAACAGGCCAUAGAACUUCUCCAAAUCCACAAAGCACAUGGACACUGGUCGGGUAAUUUCUCAUGGACCCCAAAAUAUCAUUAACAGGCUAAAGAGCUGGUCCAGUGUUGCAAACCUUAUUUUGGGAUAAAGUUACCUGCAGAGUUUUAACAUGUGUUUAAUAUUAUUUGGCCUGUGUUUCUAUAUAAUAAUGUCCAGAUGACUACAGAAAUGAACAUUAUGACUCUCUUCCGAUUCAUUUGGAUAAGGGCUUGGGUUUGUUGCCUGGAAUAAUUUAUUUCUAGAAGGACUUUGACUGAGCUCAGACCCAGUAAGCAUAGCUUAGUAAGAAAACUAAAACCAACCUGACUCUGUUAGAAGUUAAUAAAACCUAACUCUACACUGUGAAGCUCAUAGUUUGAACUAUAUGAUCAAAUAAGUUUCAAAACCCUUAUUAAUAAUCUGGAGAAGUGCUGCCAGGAGGAGUUUGUUACAUUUUGACCGAAUUGGGCUACAACUUUCUUCCAUUGUUCUACUUCUAAGUGAAGCUAACCCAGCAACAAGGUAAACAAGUGUUUUUCUCAAAAUGUUAAACUUUUCUCUUAAAUUCUGAAAAGGGCGACAAAAGCUGUUUAGAAUGAAAGCAUGACUUUCUAACACUUGUGACAUCCUGUUUGAACUUAGCUAAAAGAAAUUUUUUUUUGACAAGUUUGUUUGUAGAUUUUGGCUUUGGAAAAAACCCCUCACAAAUGACACUGCAUACAGAUAAGACUGUACAUUUCUGUUUGUGGCUGCCUCUUCUUUUCCCUGGCUUUGCUCUUGGCUACAUGAAUAAAAGCAACACAAGCACAUAUGCUGCGAUUUGUCUCAACACAGUGAAGGCUCAAGGGCAGACACGAGAGGUGAGAUGAAAUUAGGACUGCUGCUGUUUAUUUCCAAGAUUAAAAACAGAGCACAAAGGCCUUUGGCUGAAAUAUCACAUUGUAUAUGAUAGUUACAGUUUCGCUUUGAAUGUGGAAGUGAGAUUCUCUCUUAUAUUACAUUUUAGUGCUGUGGGCAGAUAUCACCGUUGACAAAGACAUGCCAUUUAUCUGUCUUGUGCUCUAAACAAAGCAGCCUGUGAAGGAUAAUCUUUUAUUCUGCUGCAGACUCAGCAAACAUUUCAUAGAAGACAACAAGACCAAGUUUCCUCAAACAAGUGCAAACUUUUCAGCCUGUUUAAACUGAGCCAAUGCCAUGAAGUUAUGUCCCUUCUCAUGGAGUCGUGCGUUGGACUUGGGACAUAUUUCAGUUUACCACAAGUGUGUAGGCAAGGAUAACCAGCUAUCAAUACUUUAGUGUAAUAAUGGAAAAGUAUUACAUGUGGUAUAUUCCUAGUGAAUUUUGAAAGUAUUCAGAACCUUGAGUUUCAGUUGCACAUUUCAGGCAAUUAGCAGCCUUUGUAUAUCUUUGUACGUACUUUUUAAUAUUUAAACUUGGUGUCUCUGCAGAUUUUGGGUAUAUACUACUCCUAUAAAAAAAAAAAAUUACACUAUUUUCAGCUCAGCUCAGUUUAUUCGUUUAUUUAUUUUUUUGUUCUAAAGAUUUUGGUAGCACUUUCUAUUACAGCUCAUUAAUAAAGUGGUAAUAGUAGCAAGCAGAAAUAAAAAAAAACAAACACUUUG